AUGAACCUGAAACUCGCAUAUAGUUUUGACAUUCUCACAUUGAAAGACGAAGAUAAACUCUAUCAGAUCUCUGACAGACUACUCAUGGGUUUGAACGGUACACCUGGCGAUAGAUUACAAUUCUCCAACUUCAUAGCUAAAAACCUACAACUCUAUGAAAUGAGAAACGGUUACAAACUAGAUACGGCGGCAGUUGUUCAUUUCACGAGGAAAAACCUUGUUGAUGCUUUGAAGGGUGGGAGUCCCUGUUUGGUGAACACGUUGGUGGCAGGGUACGACGACCAAGAAGGUGGGCAGCUGUACAGCUUGGACUUCCUCGCUGCUUGUGUGAAAGUACCCUUCGCCACUCAUGGAUACGGCGGAUUUUUCUGUUUAAGUAUUUUGGACAGUUAUUACAAGCCUACGUUAACGGAAUCGGAGGCCUAUAAUAUUCUAAAGAUGUGCGUCAGAGAGGUACACCAGAAGCUGUUCCUGAAUUUACCGAAUUUCCAAGUGAAGGUAGUUUCCGCUCACGGCGUGAAAAAUAUGCCUGUAAUUAAUCCAGCCAGUUUUGUCGUUCAUUGA